AUGACAUCAGACGGUAAACAGAUCAGCAUGGCGGCUAGUGCCAUAGCUCUUCGUGGGGUCCGCUUAUUCCUGACAGCUGGACGGCACGCAGCAGACCGUUCACAGAACCAGGUAGCACCACCAGCUCCGAGGCCCAAACCGAAGAGCAAGAAGCCUGUAGUCAGUGGGAAGCCACCGCAGAAGGUCUUCGAAAUGCUCAUCAAAACCACCAGGUUUACCAAGGCUGAAAUAGAAGCUCUAUACACGAUGUACCGCCGGCUGGUGAUAGCUGCUCAGGCGGCGGCCCCAGCCUCCGCUAUCGGUCAUCCACCCAAGAUAGAUGGUAUAGACCAGAGCACCUUCCGUGAUGUGAUGCACAAUACUUUCGACCUGGUCACUGAAGAAGCCAUCUUGGAGCGUAUGUGGAUGACCUGGGAGAGGGGUGCGGCAGGUGGAGAAGGGUCCUUAAAAUUCGAGUCCUGGGUCAAAGGGCUAAGCGUGUUACUCAAAGGAAACAUGGAAGAACGAAUCGGAUAUUGCUUCAAAGUCUAUGAUUUAAAUAAUGACGGAUUUAUCACUAGGGAAGAGAUGUUUUUGCUGUUGAGGAACGCCUUGCUAAAACAGCCAGGCGAUGAAGACCCCGAUGAAGGAGUACGAGAGCUUGUUGAAUUGGUACUUAAGAAAUUAGAUGUAGAUAAAGAUGGAACGGUUUCUUUAGAUGAUUACAGAGAAGCCGUAGAGCAGGAGCCGCUUCUUCUAGAAGCAUUCGGACAAUGUCUACCCACAAAGAGACAUACAACUACAUUCCUCAAAACUCUUACUACUAAGACUUAA